AUGAUCUACCUCACAUGGCUGAUCAUGGUCGUUCCGCAAAGUUGGGUCUUAUACUCGCGACUCCAUCUGCUGUUACGCAAUGCAAAAGUUCUGAGGACGAUAAAGUUCAUUCUCAUCGUCAGCUCGGUGGUGUUCUCGAUACCGACUAUCGUGAUCGGGAUUAUGGCGCAAGCCACAAAUAUCAACCCCGCCCUCUCUUCCGCCAACCUCAUCUGGGACCGCGUGCAGCUGGCCGCCUUCCUCAUCCAAGAAACCGCCCUCAGCACGCUAUACAUCUUACAGACACGAACAUUUCUACGCGGCCGCGCCCCGCUGCGUGAACGUCCCUAUUCACCCUAUGCCCCACGAUCGGCAUCUGCCCUCCUCCAUGGCGUCGAUCCCGAUCGUUCGAACUUGAAGGGGCAAACUGAUGUGCUGUGGCAGCUGAUCUACGCUAAUGUCCUGAUCAUCGUGCUGGACUUGGCGCUUUUCGGCAUCCAGUGCGCCAGGAUGUUCUACUUGCAGGGAGCGCUGAAGCCGUGUGUCUAUGGCAUCAAGCUCAGGAUCGCAUUCCUGAUCUUGAAUCGUCUGCGGGAGAUUAUACUGCAACCAGCGAGCCGUGGAAUAUACCUCGGGAGUGAACAGGCGAGCGGCCAUUUGAUGGGUAGGAAUGUACUCAGCCCCGAUACGGCGGAGGAGGCACAUGCGCAUCGUGCAAUAAUACAGGCAAAAUAA